UACUGUCAGAGUAGACAAAAAACAAAAAUAGGUCAGAAUUUAUUUUACACUAAAUUUUUUGUAACAAUAAACUAUUUUCUCAAAUACUAUAAAAUCAUAUUAAAUUUAUAUAUGACAAUCAAUGCUCUGAACAUUUCACACGAUGGAUACUGAAAAGUGUGACCAAAAUUCUAGUGGUGUAAAUACUUCCAAACAAGAUGAGAGGUCAUCAGGAAACUGGUGGGAUUCUUGGUUAACAUCAGCUAAAACAAAGUCUGUGGAGGUGUAUUCGAUGGUGAAGAAGGAUCUGGAUGAGAUCGGGACUGCUGUGAAGAGUGAAGCGAGCCAUGUGUUCAACUCUACGUCAACUGUCAUUGGAAAAACUUUGAAGUUGGACGAUGAGGAUUCACCAGCCAAUGUGAUGAAAAAGAGCCUGAGUACAUUUAUUGGUCAAGUAAGUACAGUCUUGAACCCAGAGCCUGAUGAUGAAGACGAAGAUACCGAAGUUAUCCUUUCAUCAGGCGAUACCAUGGCGCUCUCCAGCUAUAAGAAAGAACUAGAAUCGCUUCAACGCGUGGACGCUACGUACAUAGUGCCGGCUUACAGCGCGGAGUUUACCGCUUGGCGAGCCAGCCUCGAGAGCGACUCGGUAAUUACCGCCGCCUCCGCUUACAAGCGGCUGGAGAACAGCCCCCUGCUGAAGGCGCAGUACCAGAAGCUGGUCCCUGACGCGGUCUCACACGAUGAAUUUUGGGAGAGGUAUUUGUUCCGUGUCGCGUUGCUGCAGGACCGACUAGCAGCCACGUCUCGCAGACACACCGACGAACCGGUCACUGAAGACCCGGUACUGGCACAUUUGCCCAGCCAAAUCAAACAAGAGCCAAUACAGACGAGUCCAAAAUCAGUUCUCUCCGGGCUGACGUCAGAGUCUCCAGAUAUUGACAAUGUUUGGAAGGAUGAGGAUUUCGCUCAUGAUUUGGAGUUGACAGAAGAACAGCAGACAUUACUUCUAGAAGAGUACGAAAGGGAAAUGGCGUCAAAGAGGAAUAGCAAAUCGACGAAAGAUAUCUCCAAUAACAACCCCGAAAAUAAAGACAAAAACGCCACAGACACAAGCAAAACUGUUGGCGUUAACAAAAAUAAGAAAUCCCCGAAGAAAACUAAGUCCGAUGAAUGUGGGAAUCUGGUGGAAGAUUAUUUCGGAGAUAACCAGGUAAAGGAUGAUGCGAGUGCAAAUUCAGAUGAGAGUUGGGAGAGAGAGUUUGAGAUUGAAGAACCCGUUGGGCAGAAGGCUUAAUUAAUCCCCUUUUGGGACAAUGCCAUUUAACAUGGUGUUGCCAUUAUGCAAAAAAAUCGCCAUCCGUUAUAAUGGGUCCAUAUAUCCCUGAGCAAAUGUUUAAAUUAAUGUAGUAUUACUAUUAUAUAUACGUGCAAUAAGAAUUAACAGAAAUUGGCCCUGUUAAAAAGCGUAUUAAUUAAAACAUAAUAUUUUUGUAGCUGGCAAUGUUCUCUGAUAUUAGCAUGUUUUGACGUACAAUAAACUACAAGACUCACAAUCACGCUCAAAAAUUGUCUGAAGCAAAUUAGGUAGGGUCUUCGUUCAGCUGUGUUACGACCGCGCUUUGAAUACAACGCCACGCAAUGAAAGUGUUCAGUGAAAAACUGUCCUGAGUGUCGUAUUUCAGGUAAGUGCCCUUUGAUAUUUAAAAAAGGGGAAUGUUACUUGGCGUUUUUAAUCAUUUUUCUAAGUAAUUGCAUUUCAAUUGUUAAAACAAAAUGUUUUUGCCUCGUGUUCGCGCUGUCUCUUUCGCACCAUAUUCAAACUCUGAAUCAUAUUCUAAUGAACGUAUAAAAAAGACUGAACAUUACUGCCACGAAACAAGGUGUUGAUUUGAAUGAAUACGUAUAUACAACGCCGCUCGGACAUUUUUGACGACCUUUUAAUAGGCGAUUGUGACUCUAGUAGUUUAUUGCAAGUCAAUGUCCUUAAAACUUAUUUUUAGGUUGUCGAGAUGAUUAUUAUUAUAUUAUGUAUGUUAAGUUUAAAAUUAUUGUUGUAGUUAUGAUAAAAGUGUUUUUAAUUUGCUCUCGUGGCGACCUUGAGACUUGUGUGGCGCGAAUUACUAAUCCCCAAAAUUUUCAUCGAUAAAUCUGUUCUUUUUACGUUUCUAGUUCUGGAGGUCUAUUACUAAAAUCUAAAGCCGAAGUUUCGGUCCGAAACGAAAGAACGUCGAAAAGUACAGUUGUAGUUAUACAUAAUAAUGUCAAAUAACGAAAAGUAAAUGUCAAGUGGAUUUGGGAAUAAGGUAAAGGAAAGGCAAAAUAUAUAAUCGGGAACUUCGUAUCGAUCUUCUGAUCUGAAACACUUUCGUAAAAGGAAAAUGUACGAUCCGUCAACCGAAACUUCGUAUUUCGAUUUUUGGUAAUAGGCGUGAAUAUCAUCAAUAACCCAAAGUAUUAUUCUGCGUUGAUAUCUAGAUUAAUUAAUUAAUUAAUUGAUUAAUUAAUUAAUUAAUUGAUUAAUUAAUUAAUUAAUUGAUUAAUUAAUUGAGAAUACGAUAUCAAUCGCUUUCAAUACCUUUAUUUAUCGCUAAAGCUUCGCAGUGCGUUUAUAGUACGGGGUGAGCUGAGCGUUGGGUAAAUUACCCUGAUUACUUACAUACAAAAUAUGCGUCUUUGUACCACGUACUCCUGAGGAUGGAUGGCUUAACUUCAGCCGAAAGACGUCCUCUGCUGGACAAAGGCCUCCCCCAAAGAUCACGACGAUCGGUCCUGCGCUGCCCGCAUUCAUUUACCAGUGGGAGGGUCCUUUGCACAGGAUGCCGGCAAGAUUAUGGGUACUACAAUGGCGCCUUUUUCAGCCGUGAAGCAGUAACGUGUAAGCAUUUCUGUGUUUCGGUCUUAAGGGCGCCGGAACUAGUGAAAUUACUGCUCAAAUGAGACUUAACAUCUUAUGUCUCAAGCGCAAUUGUAGUGCCGCUGAGAAUUUUUGGGUUUUUUAAGAAUGCUGAGCGGCACUGCAUUGUAAUGGACAGGGCGUAUCAAUUACCAUCAGCUGAACGUCCUAUAUGUAUGGGGGGCCUACCAACACUGCGUUUUCCGAUACGUGGUCGCAAUUCAAGACUUUACUGCCCCAACGGCCAUCUGUCCUUCGAGCUCUGUGCACUGCCCGAUGCCACUUCAGUUUCGCAAUAAUUUGGACUGUGUCGACUUUGGUUAAAAAUGGCAUAAAAAGGCAUUUAUUUUCUCAAAAUGUAUCCCAAUAGAAUUCUUUUUGAUGUCAUUUGAAACAUUACCACCGCUUCGGAAACAAAUGACGCUCCGAGAGAAGAAACGGCGCAAGGAUCUCUGCCAGCAUUCCUUUUUUGUGCUCUUUAAAAAAAAAAAAAAAAAUCUCCUAUGGAUUCGGUUCUCC